AUGGCGGUGGGUCAACAGGCCGCGCCUGGUCUGGCUGCCGGCAUAUGCGCCAAACUUAGCUGCGUGCGGGUGCUUGUCAGUAGUACACGCUCACCGGCGCAUCGAAAUCGAAGGCACUGUUGCCCCGUGCUUUGUCUCCGCAUCAUGCAGAGCUCGAGGCAUUCCCAUCAUUGGAGACGGAGACGGAGACGGAGACGGAAACUCAACCUCUCAAUCCUCAACACCGUGACAGGUUUGGACGUCUCCCGGAGCGGCGUGGUCGCCAGCUGUCCGCGCGCGCCUGUUCUCCAGUCGAAACUUGACCCUUUCAUCGCGUCCGCUACCCGCAUGCUGCAAGCCGCAGCCGCGCCAGGCUCUGUGCGCAACGCGAACGCGAACGAGAGGGUGCUGUCAACGCAAUGGUUACGUUGCACUUGCAUUUUCAUCGCACAUGGAUUUGCCCUCUGGUCGCGAAGACUGCCCGAAGUGGAAGGAGCACCUGACCAUUUCUCAAACCAUCUCGUGGGGCACGUUAUUGCCGCCAACAUCUCGACAAUACAGUCAUCACGUCGCUGGAGUCACUCUGCUUCACGUAUAUGA